AUGCUGAGACAGAACCUAGAUAUAUGGGACAAGCUCGUCGACGCGAUUGAAAUCUGCAUGCCUGCAGCCAGUGCUCCAACAAAAGCCAGCGACCUCAUUCACAGCCUGCUAGACGACAACGUAUAUAAUACCAUAGAUCCUCCGCACCGAUUCGCCUACAACUUCCUCUUCUGCACACGCCGCUCACACUCUAAGAAUGUAACCUCAGAUCUUCGCGUCAUCACCUCUUCAGUUUUCUCCAGCCAACCUUACCGAUCAUACAUGCCCAAAGAUGAGAAUAGAGUCCCACCUAUCCUUCUUUUCCGAUCCGAACUCGACUUCUUCGAGGAUGAAACUUGGAGUUCGCAAAACCGUGACGCUCGGCCACUGAAUUUCUUUGGGUAUUAUGAUAUCAAGAUAUACCCUUCUGGUUUGUAUCUCUUACCCACCGAUCACGGCAGCUUGGAAGAUCAGAUUUCGCUUAUCUUGCCGUUCGCUAUCGGCAGGAAGGGAUGUGCGAGGAGGAGUGAUGGGCUGAAGUUCUCGGAUGAUAAGUUUACGGAAUUGUAUUCACUUGGGCGACGGUAUCUUGAAGGUUUCCGGGCGCAAAGUCUUGCGGCUGUUCUGGAAAGCUAG